CGCCGCGACGGACCGACGGCUCGGCUCGGCUCGGCUCGGCUCGGCCCGGCACCGCACCGGCCCCGCGCGGAAGGGCGGGAGGGAGGGGCGUGCGGCCCCCCCAAGCGGCGGCCCCGGGCCGCGGCCCCCCUUUGCGGUCGGAGAGGCGUGCAGCACCGGGCCCUGCGAUGCCGUUUGGCUGCGUGACACUGGGAGACAAGAAAGAUUAUAACCAGCCGUCCGAGGUGACCGACAGAUAUGACCUGGGCCAGGUCAUCAAAACGGAGGAGUUCUGUGAAAUCUUCCGGGCCAAGGAGAAGACAACAGGGAAGCUGUACACCUGCAAGAAGUUUCUGAAGCGAGAUGGGCGGAAAGUGCGGAAGGCGGCCAAAAAUGAGAUCAUUAUCCUCAAAAUGGUGAAGCACCCCAACAUUCUACAGCUGGUGGACGUCUACAUCACCCGCAAGGAGUAUUUCAUCUUCCUGGAGCUGGCCACUGGCCGGGAAGUCUUCGACUGGAUCCUGGACCAGGGGUACUAUUCGGAGAGGGACACCAGCAACGUCAUCCGGCAGGUGCUGGAGGCGGUUGCCUACCUGCACUCACUCAAGAUUGUCCACAGGAACCUCAAGCUGGAGAACCUGGUGUACUAUAACCGCCUGAAGAACUCCAAGAUCGUCAUCAGCGACUUCCACCUGGCCAAGUUGGAGAAUGGGCUCAUCAAGGAGCCCUGUGGCACCCCUGAGUACCUGGCUCCGGAGGUGGUGGGGCGGCAGCGGUACGGGCGGCCAGUGGACUGCUGGGCCAUCGGCGUCAUCAUGUACAUCCUCCUCUCGGGGAACCCCCCCUUCUAUGAGGAGGCAGACGAGGAUGACUAUGAGAACCAUGACAAGAACCUCUUCCGCAAAAUCCUGGCUGGGGACUACGAAUUUGAUCCGCCAUACUGGGACGACAUCUCGCAGGCAGCCAAGGAGCUGGUGACGCGCCUGAUGGAGGUGGAGCAGGACCAGCGGAUCACAGCGGAGGAGGCCAUCUCCCACGAGUGGAUCUCCGGCAACGCUGCCUCCGACAAGAACAUCAAGGAUGGUGUCUGUGCCCAGAUCGAGAAGAACUUUGCCCGGGCCAAGUGGAAGAAAGCCGUGCGAGUGACGACGCUCAUGAAACGCCUGCGGGCGCCCGAGCAGACGGAGACGGCCCCGGCCCCGGCCCCCGCCGCCGCCGCCGCCGCCGCCGCCGCCACGGACACUGCGGCCCCCGGCACGCCGCCCGCCGCCGCGCAGUCCCCGGCCCCCCGCACGCCGCCCGCCGCCACGUGUAAUGGGGACGGGGCCGCCGCCGCCGAGGCCCCCAGCGAGCAGGCCGGCUGAGCGGCGCCCCCCGCUCCUCUGUACAUAGCCCCGGCAUGGCCCCCCCGCGCCCCCGCCUGCGGCCCCUUUUCUACGUGCCCCGACGGAGAGCCGGCCGCGGGGCAGAGCCCUGCAUGGAGCCCGUCCUCCCCGGCCCCCCUCUCCCCCCUCGGUGGCUUUGCCGGUCGGUCUGUCCCCCCCGCCCCGUCACUCCCCCCUCCCCCUGCUCUCUCAGUCUGUCCCCCGCCGCCGUCCUCCCCCGGGGAUGCCCAGAGAUACGGGGCAGCCCUCCGGCCGCGAGCCCCGCAGGGCUGGGGGGGCGGCGCGGGGCCCCCGGACACGCGUGCAUGUGCGGGGCCGUGAGAGGGUCGCGGGCAGAGCAUCUGCACCAGCCCCCCCCUCCCAUCCCGGGGGGGCGCAGCGGGCAGAGCACCUGGCAGCCCCCCUCAUCCCGGGGGGCCGCGUAGCGGGGGGCGAGGCGGCACGGACCCCCUCCCCGCCCGGGGGCGGCCCGCGCGCCCCCGCGCAUCGUGUCCGGAGGAUCCCGAGCGGCCUCCCCGUGCCCCCCCGGCCCGGACCCCGCUUCCCCCCCGCAGCUGCAUGCCUGCAGGGCCGGCUCUGCCCGCGGCUGCCGCCGGCGCCCCCCGCUGUAUCUCUGGCAAAUAAAGACCCGCUGAGGACAAACUGA